AUGCAUAUGUUUGUGGUGAUUGAUCCUGAAAGUGGCCCGAUCCUCCAGAUGACUUCCGAGCAUUUCGGUGAGCCUUCAGCGAAACUUGCCAAAAUCGAUGUAGCUCAAACUCGAAGAAUCAUAGCGAUCCUUGGCGAAGCGACCACAAGCGAAACAGUACCGCUGGCCGAAUUCUAUGUCGUGCAUCUGGAAGACAAGAAGAAAAUUAGUCCAUUUUUGAAGAAAAUCCCCCUCGUCUCUGAAAAAUCUGAUCAUUUGAAAAGAGUUGACAAAGGUGGACGGAUACUCGUACAGUCUGUUGAUCAUGGAAUCUCAGUGGAACUACUUCAUGACCUCAAAGAGUUCGAUAUUGAAGAAAGUGACUUGCAGGUGGCCCAAGUACCCGCGUCUAAACCAGCAACUCGACGCCAAUUCGACUGGGGAAAACAAUACUGGCCUACCUCUUUCCAUCCGAACAAGGAACUCGAAAGUUUGCUGGACAAUACGUUCUUUACGGAGGAACAAAGGCAGAACGUAUAUAGAUGGUGUGAACGUUCUAUGGAAGUGGGAAGUAUAGUUGUACAGGACGAUAAAGAAUUAGCAUAUGGGUCCCGCACAGAUCGCCUCCUAGGUCACCCAGUAAUGACGAUGGUGCAAAAUUUGGCAAGAUGUGAACGACGAUAUGGUGAUUACUUAGCGACUGGUUGCGAUGUUUACCUGAGGAAUGAACCGUGUGCUAUGUGUGCUAUGGCUCUCGUUCAUUGCCGCGCUGCUAGUGUAUUCUAUUGUAGGAACACUGUGAAUGGGGUACUUGCACAAGGAAAAUGGCAGCUGCACCUCGAACCACCAAUAAAUCAUCAUUAUCGCGUUUUUCACGUUGAGACGGAAGUACAAGAAGAGGAGACGGCGGUUUGCGGGAAGUGA